CAACACACUGGCUGCUUUCUAGCAGUCAGUUUCGAGAAAAUGUUGAUUAGAUUAACGUUGUUUUGUGUGUGUUUUCAACUAAUUCGAUGUCAGGGAUAUAAUAUAGCUGGCUUUUUUGAAGAAAAUGACAACGAAGCAAACGCAAAAGCAUUCGAAGUGGCCAUUGCCACCGCCAAUACUAACAGAAAAGAAGAAUAUGCCUUGUCCAUGUUCAACGUGAUCAUUCCCAGUCAGAAUCCUUUUGUAGCAAUGAACACUACUUGCACUCUCACCAAGCAAUCUAUUAUAGGAGUGUUUGGACCAAGCUCCUUGUCCAACAUUCACGCCGUCCAAGCAGUGUGCGAUGCCAAGGAAAUACCCCAUAUUCUGACCAAGUGGAUGAACGGACCACCCAAAUUAGGUACAGCUCUAAAUUUCUACCCCAAUCCAUCACUCCUAACCAGAGCCUACAUCGACUUUAUACAGGAAUGGAAGUGGAAAACCUUCACUUGUUUGUACGAAGACGACGAAAGCCUGCUUAGAUUAUCCGGUUUAAUCCUGUUUGCCAAGGAAAAUUCCAUUGUUGCCACUGUGGAACAACUGGACAGAGAAAACAGCGGAAAUUUCAGGGACGCAUUGAAGAAAAUCCGAAAAACUAAUCAAAAGUUCCUUAUCAUCGAUUGCAGCAAUGAUAAUUUGAUUGAAGUUUUAGUGCAGUGUCAACAGGUCGGGCUGAUGACGCAAGACUAUCACUAUUUCCUGACUAAUUUGGAUGCACAUACGAAGGAUUUGUCUCCGUUUCAGUGGAGUCAAGCUAAUAUUACUGGGAUACGUCUUGUCAACCCAGACUCAGCCUACGUACAGGAAAUCAGCCAGACCAUUUUUGAGCCUGAAGACGAAUUGGAAGAUCCUUCAGUAACAACAUCAAGACUGGAAAUAGAGACAGCACUGACAUAUGAUGCGGUUCACAUGUUUUCGGAUAUAUUAUCGAAAAUGGAGGAGUACCAUCCACCUUACGGAGCUAGUUUGGAUUGCUACCAGCCAGACAGUUGGGAGUUGGGUUACAGCGUAGUCAACCUGUUAAAAACUAGUAGCCAUAGAGGUUUGACUGGGCCGAUCGAGUUUGAUAAUCAGGGAUCCCGCAGCGCUUUUAACUUGCAAAUGUACGAGAUCCGCGAAAGUGGUAUCACGACAGUCGCUUCAUGGAAUUCCUCGGAAGGACUCAACAUCACGAAGAAACACUCAGAAGCUGAGGAUCUGGGCAAGGAUAGCAUGCGCAACAAAACGUUUACUGUCCUUAUAACCUUGACGGAUCCAUACGGUAUGAACAAAGAGGCAUCAGAACAGCUGGUGGGUAAUGACAGAUACGAAGGAUUCAGCAUUGAUCUAAUAGAAGAACUGGCAAAGUUGGAGGGAUUUAACUAUACUUUUGUCGUCCAAGCUGACGGCAAAAAUGGCAAUAAGGAAAACGGACGCUGGACUGGUAUGAUAGGUGAAGUAGUAGAAGGGAGAGCUGACAUGGCAAUCACCGACCUCACCAUCACCUCGGAUCGCGCAGAAGCCGUGGACUUCACCUCGCCCUUCAUGAACCUGGGUGUCAGCAUCCUGUUCCAGAAACCAUCCAAAGCGCCACCCAACUUCUUUUCCUUUGCUCAACCCUUCGCUCUGGAUACCUGGAUUGCUCUGGCCGUGGCCUUCUUGAUUGUAUCGCUUUCCUUCUUCUUGUUGGGUAGGAUUUGUCCGGAUGAAUGGACCAAUCCGUACCCGUGUGUCGAAGAACCGGAAUAUCUGAUUAAUCAGUUUAGUUUGGCCAAUGCUGUGUGGUUCGCUACUGGUGCUAUGUUGCAGCAAGGUUCGGAAAUUGCACCCAUCGCAAUCCCUACACGUUUAGUAUCAGGAGUAUGGUGGUUCUUCGUCCUGAUUAUGGUAUCUUCCUACACCGCUAACUUGGCUUCAUUUCUGGUGUCUGAAAGUCACGUAGAACUGUUCACUGACGUCAAGAGUCUUUUGGAAAAAGCCGACAAGCACAAUAUACGUUACGGAGCAAAAGCCAAGGGAGCUACCCUGGAUUUUUUCGAGAAAAGUACUGGUAACGAGCUACAUCAAGAAAUUGCGAGGCACAUGCGAGAACACCCUGAAGAUAUGCCCGGGGACAAUAAGGUAGGUGUCCAGAUGGCCGAAGAAAUGAAGUAUGCUUUCUUUAUGGAAUCUACCACCAUAGAGUAUACCAUUCAAAGACACUGUUCGCUUACGAUUGUGGGAGAUCGGUUAGAUGAGAAGGGCUAUGGAAUAGCUCUAAAAAAAGAUUCGCCAUAUAGAACUAGACUCAGUUUAGCUAUUCUAAAACUGCAAACAUCUGGAGAAAUUGAAAAAAUCCGGAAGAAAUGGUGGGAAGAAAGAAAAGGUGGUGGUCAAUGUACGGGCGCAGAAAACGACCCCACCGCUACACCCCUAGACCUCGAGAACGUCGAGGGAAUCUUCUACGUCACGAUUUUCGGCACCAUCCUCGGCAUAGUUCUGGUCAUCUUCGAGUUCAUCGUCAACAUUUUCCGUAUCUGCCGCAAAUUGCACAUCUCCUUCCGCGAGGGACUCAAGAGAGAGAUCAUCUUCUUCUUCAAGUUCAACAGCAACGUGAAGCCGGUGCUGGACAACCGAUCCGAAGAGGAAGAGGAGAAGUCUGAACCGAGAUCAGAGUCCAAUCGGUCCAAGUCGAAGUCAGAGAAGUCAAAAUCGGUGAGGUCGCAUGCUGAGAGUGAAGUGAGGCCGUACGGGUUCGUGAUAUCGUCGCCAUCUUUGGAUAGACUGACUGAAUAGACUUACAAGACUUUUCAUUUGAGUCAGUUCAGAAUUUUUAUUUAUUACAAAUAAGAUGAACAAUCCAGCAGAAUUAAAUGAAGCAUAAGCAAGAAUUCAAGACGUCAAAUAGAUCUUUUUGUCCGUUGAUAAAGAUUAAGACUUCAUGAGGGUUUGAAGAGCUUCAGCAUUUCCAUUAAAUAGCGAGCAAUUUGUUACAAAACCAUAUAAAUUAUAUAUCACUGUAAUCACAAAACUUCCAUCUAUUUCCGUAUUGUCACGGAA